AGCCCCCGGGCGCAAAACAACCACCGCCUGCUGACGCGUGACGAUCACUGCCCCGCCCGCCGCGCUGCCAUGGCCGAACAUGGCCGCAGAUCUCGGGCGGGCCUGGUGUUCCCCACGGGGAGCUCGCAUCCUAGUCGCGCGUGCAACCGGCCGCAUCCAGGCUUUAAAUUGAUUGGGGUCCCCUCUCUGCUCUUUUCGUGGUAACGUCGUACCGCGCGCCCUUGCUCACCGUCUCUUCGAUAUAUCGGAUCAGCUGCCGCGAAGGACGGGACGUAUAUCUGACAGACACGAUGGAUUCUGAAGUAAAAAUGCACGACGAGAAGAUCGAAGGGAGGGGUAGGAAGGCUGAUGAAGAGAUGGUUGGCACUGUUGACGACGCGUCGCCUUUGACGCGACAGGUGCUGUGGAAGAUGGAUGUUAGGAUCCUGCCUGUCCUCGCGCUGCUGUUCCUCUGCUCGUUCAUUGACCGCACGAAUGUCGGCAACGCAAAGAUCCUGGGCCUUCAGGCAGAUACGCACAUGACCGACCACCAAUACGCGAUUGGGCUCUGUGCCUUCUAUGCGACUUACAUCGCCAGCGAGCUCCCGAGUAACCUCGUGCUGAAGAGAUUUUCGCCCAAAAUAUGGCUUCCCUUUUUGACCGUCGCUUGGGGAACCCUGACGAUGUGUCUUGGUUUCGUAAAGGCGUUUGGUUCGUUCGUUGCGGUUCGAGCGCUGCUUGGUGUAGCUGAGGGCGGCCUUCUUCCCGGCAUGGUUCUCUAUCUCUCGGGCUUCUAUAAACGUACCGAACUGGCUCUCCGCAUCGGCAUCUUCUAUACUGCAGCCUCUCUAUCAGGGGCUUUCGGUGGCUUGCUUGCCCGUGGGCUGAAUGCGAUCGGCCACAAGAGCGGCCUUGAAGGCUGGCGCUGGAUCUUCAUCGUGGAAGGCUUACUCACCGUCUUCAUCGGCGUAUGCAGCUACUUCAUUCUCCCCAACUCCGUCGAAACCGCACGCUUCCUCACACCAGAGCAAAAAGAACACGGGAGUCGCCGCCUCCACGAACAACAUGAAACCCACGAGGAGUUCUCCUGGGCCGAAGUCAAACGGGGCAUCUUCAAUCUGCAGGUCUGGCUUUCCGCGCUGGCUUACUUUGCGAUUCUCUGCGGCCUGUAUUCAUUCGGCUUGUUCCUCCCCACUAUCAUCAACAACCUCAAAUUCGCCAGCGAUCCAAACGAAGCGCAGCUCUGGACUGUCAUCCCUUACGCCGUGGCUUCCGUAAUGACUGUCUUCGUCGCGAUCCUCUCCGACAAACUGAAGAUGCGCGGACCCAUCAUGCUCGCCACACUCCCCAUCGCGAUCAUUGGGUACGGCGUCAUCUCGUCAAGCACAAACCCGCACGUGCAGUACGGCAUGACCUUCAUGAUGUCGACGGGCAUGUACGCUUCCGUACCCUGCAUCCUCUCCUGGAACAGCAAUAACUCCGCGGGGCAUUACAAGCGCGCGACGACGUCGGCGCUGCAGCUUGCGAUUGCGAAUUGUGGUGGGUUCGUGGCGAGCUUUGUGUAUCAGAAGAAAGAGAGCCCGAAUUUUCAUAAGAGUCAUAGGAUUAUGCUGGGCCUGCUUUGUGCGGCGUGGUUGCUCAUUGCGGUGAACGUGUUCUGGGUUAGGAAGAUUAAUCGGGAUAAGCAGGCGGGCAAGUUUAAUGCUUGGGAAGGGAAGGGCGAUGAUCGCGAUCCGAGCUUCAAGAUGGUAAUGUGAGCGAGGUAUGCGCACGGAGGGUAUAAUCGGGCAGGGAAAAGGGAUGCGAAAGAGCUGGACCAGGCGCUUGGAUGGUGCCAGGAUAUCUCCUAUCGAGUCACCUCCGAUUAUGGGUCCGCGGGCGUAGGGUCCACAGGUUUCACGAAUGCACAUUGUGUCACUGCCAAGGGCC